AUCAGCGGCAGCAUCCUCCAGAUUGUCCGCCCCACCGUUUGGACAGCUAAGAACAUUUGCAUGUAAAUCAUCGGCUCAAGAUGGCGAUCGGGCGUCAAACGCUUGCCUUAGUGCUCCUGUCCUUUCUGUGUCACAGUACAGCGUUUGCUGUAAUACUCCGAACAACUGAAAAAUCUGUAUGGGCCAAUGAAUUUGAGUCAAUUGAAUUGACCUGUUUGAUAGAGUCAAUCUCUACAAACAAUCCCAGGAUUGAAUGGAAGAAAAUUAAAAAUGGUGUACCCAGCUAUGUGUAUUUCCUAAAUAAAAUUUCAGGUGACCUGGAGCACAGAGCAUUGCUUAGAGAGCCCGCAAACCUUCUGAUUCUGAAUGCCACCAGAUCAGAUUCCGCACAGUAUCGCUGUGAGGUCGCAGCCAUCGAUGACCAGAAGCCCUUCGAUGAAAUACUGAUCAGUCUGGCAGUAAGAGUGAAGCCAGUGAUGCCCAGGUGCAGUGUGCCAGAGGCUGUAACAGUGGGUUCCACCACAGAACUACGAUGUAUUGAAAACGAGGGCUUUCCUCAGUCACAGUACCAGUGGUUCCGUAACAACGAGGAACUACCAGAGGACCCAAAAACCAGUGUCAAGUUCUACAACUCUUCAUACAUCAUGAACACAGAGACUGGUUCACUCAAAUUCCGGCCUGUGAAGAAAGAGGAUGCAGGAGAAUAUCAUUGCCAGGCCAUGAAUGAGGCUGGAUCUUCAAAGUGCAGUCCACAGCCCAUGGAAGUCUAUGAUCUGGACAUUAUGGGGAUAUUCUUCAAGGUGUUAGGUGGAGUGGUAGCAUUUAUUUUUGUCACUGUGGGCAUCUGUCAAAUUCAGAAAAGUGGCUACUGUUCGUGCAAGGAUCAUAGAGAAACCAACUACAAAGUACCCCAACAUGACAGUAGGAUGGACUAUGCCAGUCCAGAUGAGGGACAUUUUCGCCACAAGUCCUCCUUUGUCAUAUAAAAUCCAAGAUGCGGAGACAAGAGCUUCAGCUGUGAGAAGGCCCUGUGAGACUUAUGCAGAGGUGUAUAAAUUUGAGCUUUUUAUCUUGCCAAAGUUAUUACAAGAACUGAAAACGAUAAGGUUACGACUGUAACCACGGUUCCCUGAAAUGAGAGAAUGAAAUGCUGCGUCGCUGAUGCUUUGGGGGUUAUCCCCGCAGUUGUAGCCAUUCUCUGAAACUUUUUUAAUCUCACCAAAUUUAAUUGACAGAUAGCAUUUUGUGCUCUGCCUCCCUUGUGUGCAUCAGCGGGCGUGUAUAAUGGUGGUGCACAGUGCUAUCUCUUCAGAAUAUUCGAACGAAGGGUGCAAGCGACACUUGACUUUUGUAGUGAAGAUUCAGUAGCACGGCCAGCUUACGCAGCAUUUAAUGUUCCCUUUCAAUUCAGUCAUGAAUGCUGCAUCAUAGCUGACACGAUGGGGAAUGUAUACCAUCACGCCAUGCUACUGAUUCGCACGUGUAACGAUGUCUACUAGCCUGAAGGGUAAUAACCUGCGCCCUGAAGGGAGUGGUAAACACUUUCGGCAUGUUGCCUCUGCUGGGUUUAAGAACGGCUUUUGAUAAGCCUGGUCCAAACUCUGUGCAGGAGUCGUUGACCGACAGUGCUUGAAGGUCUCCGACACGUUUUACUGAAGCCAAAGCGAGAAGCAGCGUAGUCUUUAAUGAGAGUAC